CCGAGCUCGAUUAGCACGCUGUUUAAUUCGUGGUUCCUGCUCCUCCGUGUAUUCGAUCGAUCGAUCCACGCAUCGAGCAACGCGAUCCUCGAUCCGGCCCCUCGAUCAGGAAAAUUCUUCUUUCCCCGGGAGCGGAUUCCCCGUCAUCUGAUGAAGAGAAUCACGUGAUCGUAACCGGUUCGAUAAUGCGGCCGAUUGGUUGGACGUUGGCCUGCGCGUUGCUCGCCGCUACUUUUCCAAAAAGUGCAAUCCUGCCAGGCGUGCAAAGUGUUGGUGUCGCUACGUUGUCGUACCAGCGUGAAGCUGGACGCGCCAAUGUCACCAAAUCGCUGCCAAUAAUUUCCAAGGAUGCGAGCGUAGAUCCCGAUAUCCAGAGGCUGAGCAAGUUCCACGACGACGUACUCGUUGGUGGAAGCAACGAGGUUCAAGAAAAGGCAAGCAGACAAGCUCGAACGUUCGGUCAUAAGCGAAUUCAGUUUAUGUUGAUGCCGAUGAUGUACAAAAUGGGAGUGAUGAUGACGAUGUUAACUGUAUUAACGCUGAUCUCGCUGAAGGGGUUGCUCAUUGGUGCCAUACUACUGAUGCUAAAACUCAGCACGAUAAUAGCCAAGUUCUCCUCCGGUUGGCAGCACGGUGCACAACCUGCUCACAGUGCUCAACCGAUCCACGUGCACGUACACAAUAGCCUACCGGUCGCUCACAAUCAAGCGUACAGCGGCUGGAUGUCGGCAAGCGGACCAGAAGACGCGGGAGAGCAUCACUACUACUACAGAGGAUGAAUAUCUCGACGAUAGCCUUCUCUCAGAAGCUGUCUCUUCGAUCGUUGGCCAUUCGAACGAGGCUAUCGCACGAUUGGCUUACCACGAUUGGCGAUUCACGUUUCAAGAGAAAUAGAACGAUCGCGUUGCGGUUUUCGAGCAGACGUCGACGAUACCAGAGCUCGUUCUCUCGCGUACCAAAGUUCGGUUUAAAUAUUCUGAAAGUAAGACUGGCUCGUGUCGUGUCGCCCCAAACCAAAAUUCCAAGCUCGUACGUUUAAGCAACAAUCUCAGGUUUUACCUCAAGCUAGCGAUAAUGUUUAUUUAAUUUUGUAAAGAAGCUGCGUCUCUCCUCCUAUUUAUACGAAACACAUGUACCAUCGUAGAAUGUAUUUAUUA